AUGGCUUUAAUCUGGUCCCUUCGAGAAACGUUUGUCGGCAUCAUUGCCACCAACAUCCCCAUCCUAGGACCCUGGAUCGCUCGCGCCGUCCACAAUCUGCGCGGUAUUCAUUCUGGUGGUGGCUCCAAGACAAGUGAUGCAGGGGGCUUAUCAGAUCCCCCCGGCGGACACAGAUUAUCCCGACUGGAGAGACGGGCCAAGGAGAAUAGGAUCCGGAGGGGCUUGGGCUGGACGACGAUUCGCAGCGGGAGCCAUGACCGUAUUGCUAAAGAAGAGCUUGAGCUACAAUCGAAGAGCCCGUCGCAGUCUGAUUGGAGUGGGAUCACUGUGAGUGGCACCGGGUCUUCUGGGCUUGUGCAUUGA